AUGACAUUGCGUCGUUUAAGAAUCGUUAGCGUCACUGUAUGGCUUGUGAGUGCGGCAUAUUGUAGUCCUAGACUGGUUAUGUAUGGCACAGUUCAAGUUCCAUCAGUUCAUGGAGAAAUGGAAACUAUUUGUAUUUUGAAACGUUCUUUUUAUGACUCUAAAACCUAUGAUUUAGUUAAUUUCAUUGUGUGUUUCAUCGUCCCAUUGCUUGUAAUUAGCAUCCUGUAUUCCGUUAUAUGUCUUCGACUUUGGAGAAGUGAUCUUGUAUCAAAGCAUCUUACAUUUACAGCAACCCUUACAACUCGUGCUUCUGCUCCACCGGUAGAAGAAUCUAACAAUUCUCAUAGAGACGAUGAACAUUAUACAAUGACUGUUAAGCGAUGUUCGGAAACAACUUGCCGCGCACCUAAAAAUCAUGUUUUAAAAUCGCGUCGAAAAGUGAUUCGAUUACUCGUGGCCAUUGUUUUUACAUUUGCUUUUUGUCAUCUUCCUUUCCACGCUAGAAAAUUAUGGCAGAAUUGGUCAACAACAUACGAUGGAGCGAGUAAUACAUCUGUUUUAUUAACUAUUAUUACUACUUUAAUUUUGUACAUGAACUCUGGGCUUAAUCCAUUUUUGUACGCUAUACUUUCGAAAAAUUUUCGAUCUUCAAUGAUUGAUGUUAUGUUAUGCAAGUUAAAUCGAAUGCAUAAAACUAGAGCAGCAACGAGGUCCCUUAUAAGGAACGAGAUGAAUUCUAUAACAAUACGGAGUAUAAGUAUUUCUCAAGAGGAAAUAGAUAAAAUGUAAUUUCAUUUCAAAGUAAGAACAUCUUCCAUGCUUUUUUCACUUUUUGAGAUGGUCCCUAAUACUACAUUAUGGUUAUGCAAAUUGACCUACCAAAAUUAUUAUAAGAAGUUUAAUUUUGUAAAAAAAAAAUUGUAGCUUGAGAUAAAAGUGCUUAAAGAAUAUUAACAAUCUGAAAAAUUAGAAAAUCGAAACAAUGUAUUUUUUGCUCUAAUAAUAAUUUGUCGCGUUAUUGUAUAGUUUAACUGUAGUAAUUCCAUACACUAAAUUUUAAAGCAAUUUAGGGUCAUGUUAGUCCUUAAUUUCGUCAAGCAAAUACUAACUACUUCAAUAUAUUGAUUUGAAGCAAGGUUAAACAUUUUUAUAUUAAUUUCCAUCUUUAAUUUUGUUGUAUCGUAAGGCCCAUAGUUAUAAACAGAUUUAAAAAAGCGUGAAACUUUAACCAUAGUUUUAAACAGAUUUAAAAAAGCACGAAACUUUAAGCAAAAUACA